AUGUCGAACCCUGCCUCCGGCUCGGGCGACCAUCCCCGCGAUGCAAACCCCGCUACUACUCCAGCGGCCACAACGGUGACUGACAACCAGUCCGGUGCUGAUAAUGCCGUACCUGCAGUUGCAGAGUCUACACAGAAACCACAGGUCGUAAAUCCUCAAGCCGGACACGAGGAAGAUGAGGACUCGGACUUUGACGAAUUGGACGACGUCCUAGAUGACUUCUCCAAGCCCAAACCAGCACCCGCACCCGCACCCGCACCUGCAGCUACAGCUUCAGCUACACAAUCCGACCCCGCCACCGGCAUCACCGUGCCCGAUUUCGACGAGGAUGCCUUCCUCAAACAACUCGAAAAAGACAUGGCCAACAUGAUGGCGAAUCCCGGCGCUGCAGGCCCCGCCGCCGCCGACGCACAAGAUUUCCAAUCAGCCGUUGACCAAGGCGCGGACGCGUUCGCGAAACAGCUCGAGGAGAGCGGGAUCCCACCGGGCGAUUUCCUAAAACAGCUCCUCGCGGACGUGAUGGCCGAGGAAGGCGGUAGUGCCGAUGCAGAGGGAAUCGUGAAGGGUUCGUCGGCGGCACCGGCGACUGCUGCUACGGACGCGGAACAGCCUGAGAACUUCAACGAUGCGAUUCAGCGCACUAUCGAGCGGAUGAAGCAAUCUGGGGAUCGUGCGACGGAGGCCGCGACGACGGGAGAUGGGUUGGAUGAUGAUGUGCUUGCGCAGUUGCUUAAGGCUGUGGAGGCUGGUGCCUCUGGGGCGGGCGAGGACGGGGACUUGACGAAGAUGUUUAUGGGGAUGAUGGAGCAGCUGUCGAAUAAGGAGAUGCUGUAUGAGCCGAUGAAGGAGUUGGAUGGCAAGUUUGGGCCCUGGAUUGCGAAGAGUAAGGCUGAGGGGACUGUUCCUGCGGAGGAUAUGGAGCGGUAUGAGACGCAGGCGCGGGUCGUGAAGCAGAUUGUGCUCAAGUUUGAGGAGCCCGGGUACUCGGAUGGGGAUGCGAAGUGCCGGGAGUAUGUGUGGGAGCGGAUGCAGGAGAUGCAAGCUGCAGGCAGCCCGCCAGAGGAACUGAUUUCCAACCCGCUGAUGGGGGAGCUGGGUGGAGCUGGAGGAGCACCAGGUGUUCCCGAUUGCCCGCAGCAAUAA